GGCGGGGCUACGCAGUCGCUUUCUGCAGCCGCUGACAUUACUGUGGUUAAAGAGUCGGGGGGAAAGGGGGUGAAAAGGAGCCGAGUCAAAGGGGGAGUGGGCCUGUCAAAGAGCCAGCUUGCCGUGAAGGGGCCUCUUAUUUGGGGGGGCUGGCGGAAGCAGGUACGAGGCGGUGAGAUGGAUCGGUCGCUAGCUAGCGGUGUGCAGCAGGAACUGGCUAGCAAGCGGCUACAUUCAAGGAUGGAGGCGUCCUGCUUGGAGUUGGCCUUGGAAGGGGAGCGCCUGUGCAAGGCGGGGGACUUCAAAGGUGGCACGGCGUUCUUCGAGGCGGCCGUGCAGGUUGGCACGGAGGACCUCAAGACCCUCAGCGCCAUCUACAGCCAACUGGGCAACGCCUACUUCUACCUGAAGGAGUAUGGGAAAGCCUUGGAGUACCACAAGCAUGACCUCACGCUGGCCAGGACAAUUGGAGAUCGAAUCGGAGAAGGAAAAGCCAGCGGUAACCUUGGCAACACUCUGAAAGUGCUGUGCCGCUUUGACGAAGCUGCCGUCUGCUGCCAGAGACAUUUGGAUAUUUCUCAAGAACAAGGCGACAAGGUGGGUGAGGCCCGGGCGCUUUACAACAUCGGCAACGUGUUCCAUGCCAAAGGCAAGCAGCAGUUGUGGGGCUGCACCCAAGAGCCCGGAGAUCUUCCCGCUGACGUCAGAGACACGCUACAACGGGCGACCAGCUUUUACGAGAUGAACUUGUGUCUGGUGAAAGAAGUUGGUGAUCGAGCUGCUCAGGGCAGAGCGUACGGCAACCUGGGCAACACACAUUACCUUUUGGGAAACUUUGUUGAAGCCAUCAAGUUCCACAGGCAGAGAUUAUCCAUAGCGAAAGAAUUUGGCGACAAAGCGGCAGAGCGACGAGCCUACAGCAACUUGGGCAACGCUCUGAUAUUCCUGGGCCAGUUCAACACGGCCACAGAUUACUACAGGAAAACUCUUCAGCUGUCACGCCAGCUUAGAGACCAAGUGAUGGAGGCCCAGGCCUGUUACAGCCUUGGAAACACCUACACACUUUUGCAGCAGUAUGACAGAGCCAUAGAGUAUCACCUCAAGCACCUGUAUAUUGCUCAGGAUCUCACCGACAGGGUUGGUGAAGGCCGAGCCUGCUGGAGUCUGGGGAACGCCUACGUGUCUUUAGCCAAUCACAAACAAGCGCUCCACUAUGCCCGCAAACAUCUGGAGAUCUCCAAAGAAAUUGGGGACAGGAACGGCGAGCUGACAGCCAGGUUGAAUGUGGAGCAGCUAAUGGAGGCGCUGGGUGUUAGUGACGGCGACCUUUCACCUUCCAGUUCAGAGUUUGAGAUGCAAGGAGCGAGGCCCAAAUUCACUAAGAGGGACAGCAUGGACAGUGUGGAGCUGUGGAAGUUAUCUUCUUAUAAGGACGGUGAGGGCCACGAGACCGAAAGCUUACCCAGAAGGUCUACGAGUCAAUCGGCGAAAAGGAAAGGCUAUCCCGAUAGCCGUUCGUCAGACGAAAGACCCUGGUUGGACUCUCCCGUCGAUGCUGACGACAUCAAUCUGCAAGUCUCGCCUCCCGUUCCAAACAUUGGCCGUGACCCUUCUGAUGAGGACUGCUUUUUCGACCUGCUCAGCAAGUUCCAAAGCAGCCGCAUGGACGAUCAGCGCUGCCGCCUCGAUGGAUCACAAAACGGCGACGGCCAAGACGGCAACGCACUGUGCGACAUGAUUGAUCCCGCAGUGACCACCUCCCCCCAGACGGAGGAGCUGUUUGAUUUGAUCGCCAGCUCUCAGAGUCGCCGCCUGGAUGACCAGCGCGUCAACGUGGGGAGCCUUCCGGGUCUCAGGAUCACACAGAACAACCUGGGACACCUGGUGGGGGAGGGGGAGCAGGAACCCAGUGACGACUUCUUCAACAUGCUCAUCAAGUGCCAGUCCUCUCGGAUCGACGACCAGCGAUGUUCCCCGCCUGAAGCGGGCCCUCAUGCGCCCACCGUGCCCGACGAGGACUUCUUCAGUUUAAUCCAGCGGGUGCAAGCCAAGCGCAUGGACGAGCAGCGUGUCCACCUGUCCAACGACGAGCAGGACAGCCCAGGAGAGGAUUCGCCCGAUCCUGAGCCACCCGGCGGCUUCCUCAGUUAGUGAUGUAGGCAAAGCGGGCUCUCGGCCCAACAACCCGAGACGAUAAUAAAUGCACGUCAAGACGAGCCAGCCGCUUGCUAGCAAAAAAUGUCCCCCGUGCAACAGGUGGUGCCAUUUAAUUCAUAUGUGUAAAUAUAAUGGGGAAACAUGCGCAGUUUUGCACGAUCAUGGGAUUUUUUCAAUAUUUGACCACCUUGACGUUAAAUAACGUAACGUGUGAACUCAUAUCUAAUGCCUUAAUCAGCAUUUUCUGUUGCCAGACUCAAGAUUGUAUUUGUAGAAGCACACCAACUGUUUAGGACUCAUCUAAAUUCUAACGCUCAAUGAUUUUGCACAGGAAUCUAAAAUCCGAUUUAUGGACAUUAGUAACACAUUUAAUCACUUAAGUUCUUUUCCCCCCCCCCCCCCGUAUUUAUUUAAUGGGCAACAUGGCGGAUGAGUGGUUAGCACAUGUGUACAUGUGCUAUAAGGUAAAUGCCAAAUCUUGUUUUAAUGAUUUUUAGGCAAAAACUAAUGAUAAAAAUAAUGCUUGAAUUAUUGCUGCUUUAAGCAUUCAUAUAAGACUGGUGUCACUGAUGUUCAGUGAUGUUAUUACUGUAGUUUAUCCUACACAGUAGUAAAAUUCGAAAGCAUGCGAUGCUUAAUAGUUGUAAUUAAAUUAAGUGAGAUUCCUGAGCAAAAAGUACAGGUCAGUGUUCGGAAAUGUGUCGUCCGGAUCGCAGUUAAUGUACAUGACAAUGCGCCCAUGUGGUCAAAGCCCUGUAUUUACCUCUGUAAUUCAAUGUAUUGGGAGUAUUGCUGGUUAAGCGCCCCUGUCCGCAGUAAUGCUGUAGUGAUAUUGCACUUGACCCAUGCUGAAACUCUGCAUUUUUGUUAGAUAAGUACGCAAAAAAGGGCUGUGAGACGUCGGCAGAGGAAACUCCUUGACGUGAAGACAAGCCAGCUCAAGACGUUUUUAAGCUGUGAGUAAUGUGAUCAGUUUAAUGGUACGAAAAUUGUUCGUAUGACCUGCUAGGUGUUUCCUUUAUUUUUCCCCUCUUCUAACAUAUAUAUACAAAGGUGGCUCAUACCUCAUUUUUGUACCUCAAAGUAUAACUCUGCAGAGGAAAGAAAAUUGGGAGCUGCAGUUUUUGUGAUUUAACUUACCAGGUACGCUUCCAUUUGUCACUGCCAUAAUUUGUAUAUAUACAGUAUAUAAAUAUAUUUUUUAUUUAUGUUCCGUUUGGGGGAUACAAGUAAUUUUGCCAUGCUUUUAAUAAAAAUGUUCUUGAGAUUUA